UCCUCCCUCCUCUGGCCACCGCCACCGCCUGUCCCCUCCCCUCCUUCCUUCUCGCAGUCCCACCUCCGGCAGCCUCUCCCGUGGCUCCUCCUCACCUCUGUCCUCCUGGACUGUCCCGGCUCCUACUGUGCCUACACUCACCUUUUUCCCCUUUCAGGACUGAGUAAGGCCGGGCGGGGGUGGGUACCGCAUGGGCUUUGGGCACCACAGGCAGAGACUUCAGGCCCUCUCCCACGCUGCCAGCCCUCUGGUAACCCCUCCCCCCAGCUUGGAGGGAGGGGGGACAGCACCCAGAGGGUUAAGGCUCUAGGGGGGAGGGGCUGGGCCAGGUCGUGGGCGGCCCCUUUGAAGGAGGGAGCUGGAGCGGGGAACAGCCACCCCCCCCCCAGCAGGGCCCUCCCCCACCCCUCCCAACCUGCUCCCCCCAGGGGCCAAGAGGAGUUGCCGGCAAGGCCCCUCAGCGUUCAGGACAAGAUGGGGAGCCCCGAGGACGACCUCAUCGGGAUCCCGUUCCCGGACCACAGCAGCGAGCUCCUGAGCUGCCUCAAUGAGCAGCGGCAGCUGGGCCACCUGUGCGACCUCACCAUCCGGACGCAGGGCCUCGAGUACCGCACCCACCGGGCCGUGCUGGCCGCCUGCAGCCACUACUUCAAGAAGCUCUUCACUGAGGGCGGCGGUGCGGUGGCAGGGGCAGGGGGCGGUGGUGCGGCGGCGGGGGCCGCCGGGGCUGGCGUGUGCGAACUGGACUUCGUGGGGCCCGAGGCCCUGGGUGCCCUGCUGGAGUUCGCCUACACGGCCACGCUGACCACCAGCAGCGCCAACAUGCCCGCCGUGCUGCAGGCCGCGCGGCUGCUGGAGAUCCCGUGCGUCAUCGCCGCCUGCAUGGAGAUCCUGCAGGGCAGUGGGCUGGAGGCCCCCAGCCCCGACGAGGACGACUGUGAGCGGGCCCGCCAGUACCUGGAGGCCUUCGCCACGGCCACGGCCACAGCCUCCUCGGGAGUUCCCAACGGAGAAGACAGACCACCCCAGGGGCCCCUCCCACCCCCGCCCCAGCCCACGCCACGGCCAGUGGCCCGCCGCAGCCGCAAGCCCCGGAAAGCUUUCUUGCAGACCAAGGGGGCCCGGGCAAAUCACUUAGUGCCCGAGGCACCCACGGUACCUGCCCACCCCACGACCUAUGAGGAGGAGGAGGUGGCGGGGGGCAGAGUGGAGCGCGGCACAGGCAGCGGGCUGGGGGACAGCUACAGCCCUCCAGCGGGGACUGCUUCACCUCCUGAGGGGCCCCUGGCUUACGAGCCCUACGAGGGUGAUGAGGAGGAAGAGGAGCUGGUGUAUCCUUCUGCCUACGGGAUGGCCCAGGGAGGAGGACCCCCGCUGUCCCCAGAGGAGCUGGGCUCCGACGAGGACGCCAUUGACCCCGACCUGAUGGCCUACCUGAGUUCGCUGCACCAGGACACUCUGGCCCCAGGCCUGGAUGGCCAGGACAAGCUGGUGCGCAAGCGCCGCUCCCAGAUGCCCCAGGAGUGCCCGGUCUGUCACAAGAUCAUCCACGGGGCCGGCAAGCUGCCGCGCCACAUGAGGACCCACACAGGGGAGAAGCCCUUUGCCUGUGAGGUCUGCGGGGUCCGCUUCACCCGGAACGACAAGCUGAAGAUCCACAUGCGGAAGCACACGGGAGAGCGCCCCUACUCUUGCCCGCACUGCCCAGCCCGCUUCCUGCACAGCUACGACCUCAAGAACCACAUGCACCUGCACACGGGGGACCGGCCCUAUGAGUGCCACCUGUGCCACAAGGCUUUCGCCAAGGAGGACCACCUGCAGCGCCACCUCAAGGGUCAGAACUGCCUGGAGGUGCGCACCCGGCGGCGCCGCAAGGACGACGCGCCCCCGCACUACCCGCCCCCCUCCGCUGCCGCGCCGGCCACCGCGGGCCUCGACCUCUCCAAUGGCCACUUGGACACCUUCCACCUCUCUCUGGCUCGGUUCUGGGAGCAGUCAGCCCCGCCUGGGCCCCCGGUCUCCACCCUGGGCCCCCCUGAUGAUGAGGAGGAGGAGGGGGCACCCAGGACGCCUAAGGCUGAAGGUACCAUGGAGUCCUCUUAAAGAGGGCCGGUGGCCGUCCCCAGCAGCGCGCGGCCGGGGCGCCCAUGCCAAGCAGCGGGGGCACGCGGGCUGGACAGGGCUGGGGGCCGGGCGCUGGGCUCCCUGGCUUCAGCAGUCCGUCCCUGUCGCCCCGGAGCCCUCAUUCCAGUUCCAAGCUGAGAAGGCUUUGGGGUCGGGGGCUCCCCAGAUUGGGGUGAACUCCUAAGGAGUGAUCCCCAUAGUACGUCUCCAUUUCCAGCUGUUUGUUGUGAACGGUGGGACCCUGUCCCCAGCCGCUCCUGAGGAGUAGAAGCAAUAAUGUAUUUCUGAUUUGUGGGGUUCCUCUUCGGCUAUGCGGGUUUCUAGGGGGUGGGGGGCUUGGGACCAAAGCCUCGCCCCGCCCCCAUGCCCCCAGGGGUUUGGCGGAGUCCGGGGGUGAAGGACCGCCCCUCCCUCCCCUUCUGAGACCCCCUCCUUCCUGCUUUCUGUUCCCUUUCCCCGGCAGAGAAUUAUGCAAAGGGGGCGGCGAGGAGGAGUGGGUGGGGGGAAGCGAGGUAGAGGCUGGAAAGCCUCGGGGAUUGGGCCCGCAGGAAGGAGCCGUCCUCGCGCCCCCCCCCCCCCCCCGCCGCAUCCUCCCCACCCCCCCACCCCCCGCACCUCACCUACCCCCCCACCCCCGCCAGGCUCCGAGCGCUGAGUCACGGGGUCCUGAAGGAGCAGGGGGCGGGGUGGCCUGAGCGGCUCGCCCGCCCCUGGGGGCAGCGGGAGGGGCCGCUCCGCUCGGCUCUCCGCCCCGGCCCUGCCCUCCCCUCCCGCGUCCCCGGGCAGGGAAUGUCUUGUUCCCGCCGCUCCCUCCCCGGGGCCAGAGGGCAGGGCGGGCCGGGUGGCUCCUGCCCUCCUCUCCUCCUCCCGCCCAGGUGCGACCGAGCCGCCGCCGGGCCGCCCCUGACUCACGCCGCCCCCAGGCUGGCGCGGCGCGGGCUGCGGGACGGGGUGAGGGGCUGCGGGCUGCGGAGCGCGCGGGCGGGCGCCCCCUGGCGGCCGUUCCCGAGAGCCGCGGGCGCCCGGGUGGGGGUGCCGGCUGGGGUCCCGCUGGGUCGCGGAGAGUGACCCCCACGGAGUCCGCCCGGGUCUGUACAUAGCCUCUUCUGUCGGUCUCGAUGAAAUCUAGUUUCAGAUUUUUAACUACCCGAUUCUGCUGGGGGGGGGUGUCCGCCUCCCUCCCUCGCUGGGUGCUGCCCCCCCCCUUUGCGGCCUGGGCUCUGCCUUGCACUAUUUCCCCUCCCUGGCCUGGCGGCCCCUCCCCCUUCCUAAAAGGGGCAGGUUACGGGGCCCGGUGCUCUCCCGUCCUCCCCUGCACCCUCAUGCCCAUUUGCACAGCUGCCCAGGUACCCCCAGGAGUGAGGGGGUGUCACAGGGAGGGGGUAGCGGGACCAGUCCCUGUAUCUAUUUAAAAAGUGAUGAUGUAAUAUAUUGGGGUUGGGGGAGGUCGGGUUGCCCUGGGCCUCAUCUUAGCAUUUCAGGUGAUGGGGGAGACCUGGGGCCCAGCCCCAGAGAGUGAGGACAGUGUGACCUCCCCCCUCCCCCCUUGCGGCUUCUCCACUCAGUGCCUUAGGGGGGGAGGCAAUUUCCCCCCCUCCUCUUCCCCCCCUCUUCCCCUGCCCCCACCUCGGGUGUAAACGACAGGAAGAAAUAAUAAUUUAAGACUCACA